AUGACGCCGCCUCGCCGUCGUUCGGCCCGGUUGGCCAGCGGUGGUGCGAACACGCCCAAGCCCAAGGCCAAACAGACUCUCGCUUCCGUCGCCGAGCGAGAUGAUACUCCUCCCUCUAAAUCUGUCGCUGAGAGCUUGAAUGCCCUCGUCGUCCCCGAUCACGACCCAGCCACGCCUUCCUCCUCUUCUCAACUGAAGGCUCCCCUCUCGGAGAUGCACCCGAGCAAGGUUCACCCUACCGUCGCUCCUCCCUCCGCUACCUGGCUUGGCUUCAGAGAUAUGAAGCCUUCUGAUAAGACUACCGAUACUCAGGCGACGCCCUCCAAGACGUCUGGCGUGCCUGAGUCGCCCUUUACUUUCCGCGUUGAUCAGCCAACUGGAGACACCGGCUUGAGCAACGAUGCCCAGCGCAUGAUGAAUGAGCUGCGCGAGGAGGCCGCUAGAAUUAAGGCUGAGCUGCUGGCUAAGCGCGAACUCGAGAGGGAGGACGAGGAGCUGAAUGGACGAAGAAUCGCAAAGGCGAAGGGCAAGUCGAGCCGCUACAGCGCUGCUCACAUGGCCGAGUUCAAGAAGAUGGACUCUAUCGAGGGUCAUCCUUCCGCUUUCCGCGCCCAACCCGGCCGCGUCACUCCGCUGAAGAGUUCCCUUAAGCGCUCGCAGUCCAAGGCUAACUUGGAUGAUACUCCCACUCAACCUAAGUCUAGCCUCAAGCGCUCCCCCUCAAAGGCCAACCUCGACGACACUCCGAGCCACCCCAAGUCGAUCCUCAAACAGCCUUCUAAGCCCAACUUGCUGGCCGCUGGUACACCCAGCCAGAAGUCGAGCCUCAAGCGGUCUCCGUCUAAGGCGAACCUGGACGACACGAACUCGAACGAAUCCAAGAAGACAUUGGCUGGCCCUCACCCUAGGGCUCGAAUCUUUGCCAACCUGGAGCCUCCUUCGUCUGUCAAGCGUGUUCGCCAGCGCUUCGAGGACGAUGCUUCGACGGCGCGUCCUACUUCUCGCGAUGGCAGCUCCCUUCCGCGCCCCAAGUCUAGCGGUAAUGACGCUCCCGCUGCCUCUGCGCCUACGCCUGGCCUUCGGUCCCAGCCUAGUCUGGCUUCGUUGACCAGCCCCACCAAGUCUUCCCUUGCUCGCGCUGCUGGCAGCAAGAUGCCUCUGCCUAGCUCGCUGGUCAAGUCUCCCAGCAAGCCUGAUCUGGGAAGCCUUCGAAAGUCUCCAUCUAAGCCCGACUUGGGCGGCCUCACAAAGUCUGCCACCACUAACGAUUUGAGUGCGCUGGAGAAGACAGCCGAGCUGAAACGCCGGAUUGUGAGCCCAGGACGAUUCGAGAGAGUCAAGUCUAUUUUGCGAGGUGGAAAGGGCGCCUACGAUAAGGCCAAGAGUGCCAUCCCCCAGCCUGCGGCUGGUGUCGCGCAGACUCCCGCUCCCCAGGUCGCCAUCGAAAAGGCACCGCCCGCUAUUCCCUUCACUACUCCCCGACGCAAGCUAUUCAAGAGAGUUGAUUUUACUCCUGACACGAACCGCACUACCGACGUUCCGGACACGAUCGCCCACAAGGCAUUCGCCUCUGCUAACCCGAUUCGUAAGCAAGGCAAGGUUCAGUAUCCCAACCUCGAUGCUAUUCUUGGCAACAACGUCACCCAGAGAACCAAAGAUGAUGGCCUGUACCCUGACUUGACGAUUGAGAGCCCGUCUACGAAGGCCGCAGAGCCCAGCGAUGCUCUGCCCGCGACCGUCCCCGGAACCUUCACCUUCCGCAGCGACCAUACCAUUCGGUUCGGUAGCGCCUCUCCCACUGGAUUUGGCUCGACUGCAGGACAAUCUAGCAUCCGUCAUGUGCGUAGAUCGCUCGACAUGCCGGGUAGCUUCCCCAACGACUCCAACACCUUUUCCAACAAGGAGAACCGGUCCCCAAUGCAGCUUCUCGCUGGAAAGCCCCACGGAAUGACCAGCAAGAAGCGUGCUCGAGCGCGUGAGGAGGAAGGCGACCUCGAAGAGGCUUCUGGUGAGCGGGCUGGCAAGAGACGUAAGGCUGAGCCAGUCCCUGAGGGAGACGCUCUGCUUGCCCCCAGACUUAUGGGAGCCACCCCCAACACCGUCGGCAAGAAGCCGCAGACUCCCCGAGUCAUUGCUUCGCCGAGCCCUACUAAGAAGCGCAUCGGCAUGAGUCUCAGCCGACUGAACAUGCUGGCCAAGCCGAAGAUGCGCAGCUGA